AUGGGUUGUGGUGCUUCGGUGGAAGAUUCUUCGGUGUCAGCUUCACCAACUCCAAAUCAUUCAAAUGAUCGACACAAUCGUCUCUCGGUUGUUUCACUUGGUUUACCGGGACAAGACGAGGAUGCAAUGUCAGCGUCAAGUGUCCCUUCAAUGGAACCACCACCUACAAUGCCGUCAACAGGUUUUGGCGGAGAAGAGGAGAAAAUCUGUAACACUGAAUUGAGAAUUAAAUGGAUUGUGCGAAAGUUGACCGAGCAUUUCCCCAUUCACGAGGAACCGCAAUGGAUCGCCGAGCGACUGAAUCGCAAAACGUCUACAGAAAUCGAAUCUUCUACCGUAAUCCGGAUCACACUUGCCUGGGAAUCUGAGGAUCCACGUUUGCCAAGAUCUGUGGUUUUAAAGAUUCCGCUCGCCAAAGAGGCUCGAGAAGACGAAAAAGGCCGAUUUUACUAUACUUUAUUUAAGAGAGAAUGUAAUGCUUUUGAUUGGCUACAACACGUCAAAGAUUUCUCGACCCCAAUAAUUUAUCAUAUAAAGAAACACGGAAACGAGGAUGGUGGCGGAUGUAUUAUAAUGGAGGAUCUCGGCGAGCGGGCACAGCAACAAGACGAGAAGAAUGGAUUGGGGAUAGAAAAUGUGGGUGAUUUGCUCUUCCAGUUGGCUCGACUCCAUGCUCAAUCAUGGCGUGAUAAACAGUGGACAACGAUGAUAGCCGACUUGCCAGUAUCGUUUUUUUCGAAUGAGGCUGGAAGUUUCGCUGAUGUCCUUGAGUAUUUCACGACGAAGGGCGCAGAUCCAAUGCGGCUAAAGAAAAUCGAGAAAUUCUUCGCUGCUUCCUAUCUAGAGAAUACAGUGAACGAGUCAUGUGAUGAGUUGAAAGUGGCAAAGGUAUUGGUACACGGAGAGCCGUUCUCAUCAAAUAUCUUCGUCGAUAUCGUCGACACCGAUCAUCAUCCAAUCGCCGGCAUUGUCGAUUGGACAAGUUGCCAUGCGGGAUGUUUUGGAGAAGAUCUAGCAAAAGCGAUUUGCUGGAAUUUGAAUCCCAGAGAACGAGCGACACAAACCUCUCAACUCCUUCAAGCAUAUCACUAUCAAUUGGUGCUUCAAAGUGGAAACGCGUCGAUUACAAGCGAGCAAGUCCGAGCCGCGUACGAGAAAUUUGUGCCCGUUGCCACUGUGAGCUUUGUUCACAAGGUGAUGGUUUUACGUGGGAAAAGUGAGCCCGAUGCGUUGAUUGAACGAGCCAACAGUCUCAUAAAUCAGGUUUACAACACCGUUCGCAUCAACGAGGAGCUCAUCGAUGAUGAUAAAAUGAACAAUAAUAAUUGGACUUCG